GCAGUGGAGGAGAUGAUGUGUUGUUAUCGAUCGAUUAUGGAAAUUUAGAAGUAUAUGUCCGCAAACCGACAUCCAUAAAACUCAAAAUGGAAGUUACAAACGGUUUGCUUUCAAACCUCGUGGAAACGAAGUCCAUGGAGGCCGUUUUGGCGCCGAUCUCAUCUCAGGUAUCACAAUUAAUUAUGGUAUGCGAAUCUAAUUCUGGGUGGAGAUCAAGUGAAUCUGCUACCAAAUCAGCUGAGACUGUCAAACAGAUCAUCCUGGAUUUGAUUAACGUGGCAAAAAUGAAGGCUGCUGAGUCCAAACAUCAGACUUAUAAAGCUGACAUGCUGAAUGCGAGUGAAAUGUUGAGCCUAGCCGCUGAUAAUUUCUACACAAGUGCCCUUAGCUUACAGCAGAACCCUCAGAGUAAGAAUGCGCGGAGAGCAGUGGUACAGGCAGCCAAGGAUGCUCUCCAAGGCACGAUGAGGGUGUUGCUGAUUAGAGAUGAGGCAGAAGUCAAAGCUAUCGUGGAAGCAGCCUGUAAAGUGAAUGCUGUUCUGAGCACUCUGACAACAGCCUCUAACAUGAAUGAACUGGUCUCUAUGUUCAGAAUGUUUAUGGAGGCAAUGGUUCACCUGACAAGGCUAGCCAGCAGGCGGCAGCUUGAGCUGAUUCGUACCAGACAGCGAGAGAAGGUGAUCAUGGGGUUGGGGGUGUUAAAGAAAGCCGUACCCCUCCUAAACACAGCACUGAAGAGCUAUGUCAAACAUCCAGACAGUUCUCAGGCCAAGGUGAGUCGAGAUUAUGCUGUGAAGCAGAUAGAGACCGGCCUGACUGACAUCACAGAUGCUGUCAGUAACCGCUUUACAGAAGAGGAUUACCUAGGGUUAGAGGAAGCUGGCUUCUUUGUCUCUAAACUUGACCAGCUAUUGGAGGCGCUAACAGAGGUGGGGAGAAAGGACAUCCCUGGUAACUUUGAGAUGUGGGCUCAGGACAUCAUUGCUCACAGCAUGGCCGUUGCUCACCAGUGUACUGAUGCCCACAGAGAGCUGAUCAUCAGUAACUGUCAGAGAAUUUUGCUUCAGAAAGGGAGACUACUGGAGUUGUUUGUGACAUUCCGAGUAGGACAUAGCCCAGUUAGUGCUGAAGUCAGGGAGGACUAUGAUGAAGUGUGUGAGGGACUGAUUGAUGAAUUCUGUGACCUUGAACGCCAUGUCAACAUGGCUGUCCUUCACCUUAUUGUGCUCACAUUCUGCCAGACAACGGAAACUCUGGACAAACUUGUCCAAACAGCCAUGCAACAAGCGGUGACUGGGGGUGAAUGGUUCUCUGUGCUGAACCAUCACAUUGUGAUAUUUGGAGAGCAUGCAGACAAGGUGUGCCAGGUGGCAAGUCUAGCAGCAGCAAGCUCCACAGACGCCAAACGUGUGAGACGUAUACGAUUGUGCAUUCACCGCUUAGAGCAGCUUGACCCCGAAGUCGUUCCCGCGGCUGUGGCAUGCCUAAAGUCUGGGGGUGACAGACAGGCCAUACAGCAUAUGAGGCUGCUGAAGGAGGAGUGGAGACACGAAUUUGAAGAGCUGCUCCAGGUCUUGGAUGAUAUGACAGACCCCAGAAUCUUCAUGGAUGUCUCAGAGGAGCAGCUAGUCCAGGACUUGAACACAUGCAAUGGCCUUCUGAUGGUGCAUGACCUAGAGGAGAUUGCGGACGUCUUUCAUGCUAUGGCUGGCAAAGCGCGUCGUGUCGUCCAGGUCGCCAAGCAGAUCGCAGAUGCCAUGAGGACCCGCUGUACAGGAACGGGCUGAUGGUGUAUGU